AUGGAAUGUUUUCGACAAAUCUUCCGGUGUUUCAAGGCACCAUCCAAGAAUAACGAGCCACGAGCAAUUGAGAUCGGUCCCCCCACCAACUUCCGGAAGGAGGAACUACCUGCUUGUUUCUCGGAUGCCGAGUCAGUCGUAUCGCCCCAUCACAGCAACCCCGAGCGACCCAUUCUGACCAAGGAGCCACAGUGCGUUGACGUCGCAAGUGAGCGGGCAAGUGGUGAUGGAAAAAAUCGGGGCAACGAUCGAAAUGGUGGAUCUCCAACCGUCCCCCAAGUCGAAGGUCCAAAGCCAGGUUCGCAGGAUGAGCUUGAGCCCGAGCAACAGCCGCAGGAUGGCGCAGUCCGCCUCCGGAAGCGUGCGAGGUUAAUGAAAUGGCUUCGGCCAGCUUCAGUGGAGACUCAAUCAGCAGACAAAUGA